UUCCUCCGAGGAGGCUGCUUUUUUGUGAGUGUGUGCAUGUGCUUUCUUUUGUGUCACCUCAAGAAGGGCUCUGAUAUUGUUAUUACUUUAAAUAUAGCUUGCCCUGGGGCGGGGAAAUGCACAAGGAAAGAGCCGGCAAGCAGCCUAUCUCUCAGAAGAAAAGAGCAAGACUCACAGCACAGGAACUGGCUUCACUCAAGUAUGCAGUUUAGAAGUCAAAAAACUAUUUCAAAUUACAGCAUUGUGGAGGAGACUGAAGAAAAAGGGCACAAAACUGGCUAAAUAUAGUGAAGAAUAUGGUAAAGCAGGGUACAAAGUGCAUCCAACUGCAGUUUGAAAGUGGGCUCUGAAGUGCAAUGUAAGUCUUCCUUAAAUUGUAUUCUUUUGUAAUAGUAUCUAGUUGUUUAAUUUCCAUUCCGAAACCAUGCUGGGCCAAAAGGUACAAUUAGCCACAAAAAUCAGCAUGGAGCAGAAUGUGUAAUCUCUGAUAUGAGGCUGAAAAUGAUACUGAAAUACAACAGAAGACAGAGACUAUCAGCCAUAUUAUGAAAGAUGCACUAUAAAUAAGGACAUAUUGAAUUAUUUCAAGAGAAAGAUGCUGGAUGGAAUCUUCAAUCAACUUUCUUAAUAGGGAAGCAAGAGCUCUGCUGUUUAAUAUGGCAAGCUAUUUUAAUACUGCUGUGUUUAAAAUUGUGUGAUUACAGUUACCAAUAGCAAUAAGAUGUAGCUCCAGAGGGGAGUCCUAGUGGUUGCAAAAGUUUUUUCUCUUUUAUUUCUCCAACAUCUUUGCUCUCUGAAGCCUCAAAUCCACGUUCUCUAUCCUACAGCCUGGUUUUGCUUUUCAGCUGAAUUUUCAAUGUAUGCCAACACUGGACUUCCUAUGGAACUGAAAACAAAACAUUUCAGCUUUUGGAGUAAUUCUGGUAUGUUUUUCUACAUCACACUAGUGGCAAGAAUACAGUCGACAAAAGAUUGUGCUCCCUCAACUUCUGGCAUGGACAGCUGAGGAAUAUAAUGCCCAAUGGUGGCAAAGGGUAAUAGUUUCCUGUUUUUCACUAUUUAUCUCUGUGGUUUUGGACUUAGCAAUGGAUAUUCUUUGUGAUGAGGAGAGCUCUGUGAACCCAACUGCAAACUCCUUCAUACAGAUAAAUCAGGAGAGAAGACUUUACAGAAAUGUUUAUGGAGCUGGAGAGAUUAAUAUAUCGCAUCUCAUUAACUUGACUGUGGACUCUGAAAAUCUAACCAAUCUUUCAUGUGAAAGUAAUGCAGGUCCACCGUGCUACUCUUCCCUGAUUCAGUUUUCACAGAAAAACUGGCCAGCUUUGCUGACAGUGAUAGUGAUUGUUUUAACCAUUGCUGGAAAUAUUCUUGUCAUCAUGGCUGUUUCACUGGAGAAAAAACUACAGAAUGCCACUAACUAUUUUCUCAUGUCACUUGCAAUAGCUGAUAUGCUGCUGGGUUUCCUUGUCAUGCCUGUGUCAAUGUUAACCAUACUGUACGGAUACACAUGGCCUCUACCUACAAAGCUCUGUGCCAUUUGGAUUUACUUGGACGUGCUUUUCUCCACUGCCUCCAUCAUGCAUCUCUGUGCCAUCUCACUGGAUCGCUAUAUUGCCAUUCGAAACCCCAUCCACCACAGCCGGUUUAACUCAAGAACUAAGGCUUUUGCCAAAAUAAUUGCUGUUUGGACCAUAUCAGUUGGUAUCUCCAUGCCUAUACCCGUCUUUGGACUACAGGAUAAAUCCAAAGUGUUUAAGAAUUGCAGCUGCUUACUUGCAGAUGAGAAUUUUGUUCUAGUAGGCUCUUUUGUGGCAUUCUUCAUCCCUCUAACCAUCAUGGUAGUCACUUACUUUUUAACCAUCAAGUCACUGCAGAAGGAAGCUAUGCUAUGUGUGAAUGACAUCGGCCCAAAGACCAAGUUUGCUUCAUUUAGCUUCCUCCCUCAGAGUUCCCUGUCCUCAGAAAAACUCUUUCAACGCUCCUUGAACAGAGAUGUGGGGACUUCUGGGAGAAGAACCAUGCAAUCCAUCAGCAACGAGCAGAAGGCUUCCAAGGUUCUUGGAAUUGUCUUCUUUCUGUUUGUUGUGAUGUGGUGUCCAUUUUUCAUCACCAAUGUGAUGGCUGUAAUUUGCAAGGAGUCAUGCAAUGAAGAAGUCAUUGGAGGACUUCUUAACAUAUUUGUUUGGAUUGGUUACCUUUCUUCAGCUGUCAACCCACUCGUAUAUACACUGUUCAAUAAAACCUACCGCUCAGCUUUCUCUCGUUACAUUCAGUGUCGCUACAAGGAGGAGAAGAAACCUUUCCAGCUGAUUUUAGUGAACACUAUCCCGGCACUUGCAUAUGAUUCCAGCCAGCUCCAGCUAGCACAAAUGAAGAGUUUGAAAAAGGAGGCAAAAAUGAUGGCUAAGGAUUACUCAAUGGUCACAAUAGGAAUACAUCACUUGGAUGGUACCUCCAAGGGAAGUAUCAGCCCAGGCAACGAAAAGGUUAGUGGUGUGUGAUGGCUGGCAGCUGCCAUGACAACCGCCGUACAUUCACUGAAAAUUUCACCUGGCUGGGAGAAGCUCUGAUAGCUUAGGAAAAUCAGCCCUGUUCGAGAGACCUUCCAAUAACAUCACAUACUCCUCAUAUUACCCUAUGGAUGAAAACCAGGGUUUUAAUGGUAUCAAAUGUGCAAUUUUUUUUCAUACAGUACUUUGGCUGUUUUAAGCACAGGCUUUAUUAAACUUAUUUUUUUAAUAUUCUAAAGGAUAUAUUUCUUAAAGAAAAAAAUGCAAUUUCUGGUACUAUAAUAUGGGCUGUGAAGAAACCUACACAUUUCUUUUCUCUUUGCAAAUGAAAGCUAAGCUGCCCUUUUCUGUUCUUGCAGAGUAGGCUCCAGCUAGUUUGUCUUGCUAAAAUCAAGUUUUGUUAUCAUUAACAGAAUGAGAACUUUACCUAAUUUUAAAUAAAAUGGUGGUUAAUUUGCUAAUAUAUAUUUAAAAUAAAUUUGAAACUAUUAAAGAAAAUCUAUUAAAACUGCUAUAGAUUAAUUAUAUGGGCAUUUUGUUGGUUGUUUUAUGGCUAUUUUUUCUGUCUGAGUAAACAUUCUGAAAUGUCACUGGGCUUUUCUGCCAUUUGUUCUGUAUUUCAAAUUAGGAAUCUUCAGAGAGGAAUUAUACUUAAAUGAUCCUUUGUUUCUACCACCUUUUGUAAUCUUUAUUUUCUGUAUUGUGCUUUAUUUCUGUUCAAAACUUUCAUGUGUGCAGCUUAAAACUUGAAAGUAAUAUUUUCAAAAGUAAUUAUUUGGAUUGAUUCCCUGCUCUUUCCCACCAGUGUUGACAGGGAAGUAAAGUGAGAGAAGACUGGAAAACCAGGCACAACAUUGCUAAAUAAUUUCAGGAACUAUUCCAGGUCCAUGCCUCUGUUCAAUUCUAACAAAGUCUGAUUUAAGUAGUGUCAGAGGAAGUUUUGCAGGAGUAAAGCUUUCAGUAAAAGGUUGCAGCAGAUCCUCUCUCAUUAUUUCUCUUUAGUUUAAAAAGACUAUUUUGAAGAAUGUCCUCCUGGUUUUGUUUUAGGGUUUGUAGGGCCAGAAUUAUUAGAAAGCUGUUAGAUGCUAAGAAUUGUUUUCCCUAGCUUUGCUGUAUUGCUGUUAAGGCAGAUUGCUCAGGAAUGGUCAGUAGCUUGCACUACUAGGACUCAGCCUUAAUGAAAUAUGUAUGGGCAAAUGGGGCUCUCUUGAAAAAUAACAGGACUUUUAAGCGUAUUCCACCUGCAUAUCUCCAAGGCCAGAAUACAUUCCAUAAAGAACAUAAAAUCCAUUGUUUGACAGACACGCCUAGUCAUGAAACUCUGCUUUCGGGCAUCACAGCCAAUGUCACUGAAGCCCGUGGGACUUUGCUGAAGAGGAGAAAUAUAAAUGUUGCAUUCACCGACAAAGCUUAAAUCCAAGCAUUUGAUUCAUUCCAUGAAUUUUGCAGCCAUAAUUUCACCUCAGAACCAGGAUGUAUUCCAGUUUGUCUGGAGAAAACACUGCCUAUACAGAAAUCAAACUCCAGUACCUUUAUCAGUCAUUUCCUUGAAGUUUUCAGUUUUCACAGAACAAUUAAAUUUCCAUUAAGUCAAAGAAAGGGAGAGACAGAAACCGAAUCUGAUUGUAGCCUACCAGCUGGGAGUCUUUGGAAGAAGAUUUUUAGCUUAAGAUACUGAUCUGUGGCAGACAAGGAUUUAAAAGUUGGCUGGGUAUUUGACUGAUUUCAAAGAAACUGAUUUUAUUGUUAUACAUAUUGUAUAACUAAAUCUGCUGGUUUUAUGAGCCCUUUCCUCUGACGUGGGAUAGGCAGAGCCACCAUGCACUGAUCACACAGGAGCUCUGCAUGCCCAUGGUGACACUGACUCACUCCACAGGCCUCAGCCUCCAUGUCUGGGUCAAAGUGUCGUGCUGUAGCCCCGUUGUAGUGAUUCAUGUCAAUCAUCUAUCAUCUCGUGGCCAU